AUGAGCGAAUCCACGACGAUCCCUGUGCUGAACCUUUCCCUUGCGCGCUCUCCGACCACCAAGCCGCAAUUCCUGUCCAAGCUCCGAGAUGCCCUGGUGCGCGUCGGGUUCUUCUAUCUCGAGAACCACCCGGUCCCAGAACAGGUGCAGCAGGAGGCCAUGCAGGAAUCGCGGCAUCUCUUCGCCCUCCCACUGCAGAAGUGCGAGGUCGACAUUGUGAAUAGGAGGCACUUCUUUGGCCACAUCAGGACGGGCAGCGAGGUCACCAAUGGCGGAGCCGCGGGAUUGUACUGCCUGGAGGUGCAGACCCAAGCGGGCGUGUGGAUUGCCGCCCCCCCGUUGCCCGGCACGCUGGUGCUGAACAUUGGCCGCAUGCUCGAAUGCAGCACCCAUGGCGUGUGCGCGGCGACAACCAUCGAUUCGACGGUAGGGAAUUAUCUGUUCCUUGCGUAUCUGACUGGCUUUCCCGAUGUCGCUGCAAGGUGGUACCCUGCACUGCUAUCACGAGCUGUGAACAAACAGUUGGAACUCCAGGUUCUUGGUCAUUAA